AAAGUUAGCCCCGAAUAGUUUUCUCCUUUGUGUCCCUGCCGGGACUCCGUAGUGGCGGUUUCUCGGCGGAUCAUCACAACCGAGCCCGCUCCCACAGCUCGGUUCUUUCUCCUGCACGGCGUUGUCAUGGACGAGGUGACCCGCCUGGUGUCGACAGGAGACACCGUGAAGAUCUGGGAUGGCGUUUCCAUGGCGCUGCUGGAGCAGUUUAACCCGCACAGUGUCAGCCACCCGGUGGCCCAGGCCUGCUGGAGCUCCAACAAUCAGUACCUGGUGAGUGCGAGCAGCAGCGGAGACAAACUGGUGGUCUCCAGCCUCAAGUCCACUCCCACUGCAGUGGUGGAGCUGGCCGACGGGAGAAAACAGACCCGAGUGUGUCUGAGUUCAUCGUCUCAGUUUCUGGUCAGUGGAGGUCUGGAUCACGGUGUUCACAUCUGGGACCUGAAGACCAAGAGACUGCACCGCUCGCUGAAGGACCACAAAGAAGAGGUGACCUGUGUGUCCUUUAACGCCAACGACAGCUACAUUGCCUCCGGCUCCACCAGUGGAGAUCUGGUCCUCCACAGUCUGACCACCAACCUGUCAAGCAAAGCCUUCGGACACGGCAGCAACCAGCCCGUCCACGACCUGAGGCUGUCCGCCCUGAAGCGCUCCCUGCUGGGCAGCGUCUCUGACAGCGGCACCGUGGUCCUGUGGGACUCCAACACCCAGAAGGAGAUCCACGUGUUUGACAGCGCCCACAAAGCCCCGGGCUCCGGCCUGGCCUUCUCCCCCGCCAGUGAGCUGCUGGUGGUCAGCGUCGGUCUGGACAAGAAGAUCGUCUGCUACGACACGGCGAGCAAGAUAGUCCUGAGGUCCAUCCGGGUCGACAGUCCGCUGACCUCAGUAGACUUCACUCUGGACGGUACCGGUCUGGUCGUUGGAUCCACUCAGGGGAAGAUCUACCAGUACGACCUGAGGAACUCCAGCGCCCCCACCAGGAUCACUGUGGCACAUAAAACCUCCGUCAGCUGCCUGCGCUUCCAGAGCAACAGCAGACACAAGUCCAGUAAACUGAGCUCCACCAAGAUCAGCAGCACCAAGAGAUCCUCAACCAAGCUGUUAAACAGCCAGUCAGACUCCGCCCCCAGCACAGGCCCCGCCCCCCACAGACAGGUGACGAGUACAGGGGGCGCUGCUGCCGACCUCACGUCCCGGGAGGCUGAAGGCCAGCAGGGCAGCGAGCAGCUUCCUGUCGCAGAGAAGUUCAGCAGCAUCGGACGGAACAGUCUGGACGUCUUCUCUCCGGCUCGGGAAGACUCUAGGACCCAGGGGACGGCAGGUGACACUCCGUUUGGAAGAACACACGUUACCAGUUUGGAGAUGCUGUCCCGAGAAGGGGAGGGUCAGCAGGUCGUCGGCCGGGCUAGUCUGGACGUCUUCUCCCCCGUCAGAGAAGACUGUCUCUCAGCUGCUGGCUCUCAGCGUAAGACUCCUCUGGGAACUCCUCUGGUCGGCUCUGCAGGUCGAUGUUACAGCCCGCUGUCCACCUUCCAGACGCCUCCACCUAUCAAAGAAGAGGAGCCGGCCUCUGCCGCAGCAGCUGAACCAUGUGACCCCAGAAAGUUCGACAAGGCCAGCAGCUCCAGCCUGGAGGGGGAGGGUCAGACCACGCCCACAUCAUCCCAGCAGACCAAUCACAGUCAGCUAGCCCCGCCCUUCUUCACUCCAGAACCCAGCCUCAGGAGAGCCAAUGGUAUUCAAGCUCAGCUGAGCUACGACUCACCUGUCCAGGUGGCUCCGCCCACCACCACAGCAGGUCCGGCUCUGUCGGUGGCUGUUUCCUCCUCGCUCUCUCAGAACAUCGCUGACGUGGUUGGACAGGCCGCAGCUGCUCCUCUCACCUCGCUGCAGAUCCACUUCAUCCAGAACAUGAUCCACGAGACUCUGGAGGACUUCAGGGACGCCUGUCACAGAGACAUCGUCAACCUGCAAGUGGAGAUGGUCCGACAGUUUUACCUCCAACUGAACGAGAUCCACGGUCUGAUUGAGAAGUACUCCGUGAACGAGUCUCUGGUGGAGGAGAUCGAGAGGCUAAAGGAGGAGAACCGCAAGCUGAGGACCAACUACUGACCCUCUGCCCUGAGUUUAGCCUUCCAGGCUGCGCCUCCUCCCUGACUCCUCCGUCAGGUUUGAACUACCGUCUGCCAAUCGCAGCGCGGCGAGCCAAAGUGAGACACGCCGCCUUCCUGUUGAAGAGGACAGACUGCUGCCAUGUCUUCUUCACUGCCUCUUUUCAGUAGAACUGUCGAAGCUGAACAGCAGCAGCGCCUCCUGGUGUUCAGGAUGAGUGCAGCAGCGCCUCCUGGUGUUCAGAUGUGAGAUGUGUGCCUGUUUGAAAAACGCCACCAGCAGCUGUUCAUGUGCCUGUAUCAUGUUUUACUCUUGAGAAACAUUUUGUCUAAAUAAUAAAAUUCAUACAAAAAGAAA